AAAAGGAACACAAGUCAUCCCUAUCAUCAACAAAGGCCACAUCACACCAUCUCAGUAAUAUGUAGGACAUUCACUUGCAAACCACUAUCGCAAAUCCCUGUCACAAGCAUCAAGAUUCAUCCAUCCAUCAUGGAAGAAACCCGCCGCUCCCGUAAGGAUCUCAAGAAGGCCCAUGCCGAUUCAUGGCCUAGCCGCGCUUCGCUUCCGGCGAGCCCCAAAAUCAUCAAAACCACCGAAGACGAGCCGGAGGCCAAUAGCGACGUGUUCGACUAUUGCCCGUCAUCGUCGCAUACCUCAUCCAGUGUGCAGUACGAGUACGGGGCUAUCAGUCCCCGGUUUGAACGAAAGCGAUUUGAAUACUGCUACCCGACUGUGUCCAAAGAGGACUUCUCCAACAGCAUAUCACUCGAUAAUCAAGACAUAGAUCGUAAGAAAAAACGAAUUUAUCCAAGCAAAACGCCAGAAAACUCGCUAGAAAAUGAACCAAUCCUCGACGAGUCGAAUGCCAGUAGCAGUUCAAGGGCAGCCAGGUCUCCCGGUCAUUCGCCUCGACACUCUCGCCGGCAGCUUAACAGUGAGAUCAACAUCAUUUCUAAUCCCGGUUAUCAGGUCCUUCGCAGCUCUCACUCGACGUUGGAUCGCACGUGUUCGGACAGCGUGGUGUCGUUGAAUUGUCACAAAUCGACCAGCGAUUUAACGCAGACGACGGCCGAGGCGACGGCGAUGACGACGAUGGGAGCGAUGCCCGGAAGGAAGGGCCGUCGGCGGAGCAGCCACAAGGGCGGCGGGCUUGCCUAUCUGGCCAGCAGGAAGGGUUCGCGUGAUUCGGUGAAGAGUGGGGCUUCCAAUACGUCGGUGUUUUCGAACGAGGAUGUAGGUCCGCUGGCGUUCCAGGCUUCGGCCAGGGGUCGACAGCGACGAACGUCGAACUUUUUGGAACUGCCCAUCCCGGACCAUGCGAGGCCUCGUGUGUGUUCACUGCCAGAGCGUCCGUACAAUCCUAGACAAAGCGAUGACCUGUACCGGUUGAGGCAUUUUUCCAUCAGCAAGGGAACGGUUGUCAACUGUGGUGAUUCCAUCAUAUCACGAAGGUCCAGAAGUAACACCAGCGUGAAUUCCACGGCGAGUCGCGCCAGCGAACGUUCUCCCUUCGAAGGAUCAUGCUGCGGAGGAGGUUACGCCACAGUUGACUCACUGCCCUCAUCCCCCAAUGCCGACGAGGAAGACAGCGAACCCGUUCCGACGAGGUACCGGGUGGUGAUGCUCGGGGAUUCCGGAGUCGGCAAGACGGCCCUCGUCUCGCAGUUUAUGACGUCGGAGUACAUGCACACGUACGAUGCCAGCUUGGCAGAUGACGAAUUCGGCGAAAAGACCGUGAGCAUUCUUCUGGAUGGCGAAGAGUCAGAGAUGAUAUUCAUCGAUCACCCGAAUGUCGAGAUGAGUGUGGAGAACUCGUUAUCAACAUAUGAACCUCAUGCCUGCGUCGUUGUUUACUCUAUCGUGGACCGAAACUCGUUCCGGGUCGCCGAGGAAAUCCUCAACUAUCUGUGGUCGGAGAACUACACCAAGGAGAAGGCGGUCAUCAUCGCAGCGAACAAGUCCGAUCUGGCCCGGUCCCGUGUGAUCAACACCUCAGAGGGAAAACAGUUAGCAACCUCGCGAGAGGCGAAAUUUAUCGAGACGUCGAGCGGGAUCCAGCACAACGUGGACGAACUGCUCGUGGGUGUGCUGAAACAGAUCCGACUCAAGGAGCAACGUGAGAAACGAGCCAGUGCCACCAACCUGCGGAACUCCCGAACCCAGAUGUCGCUGCACAUUGCCAAGGAAAUUCUGCACAAAAUCUGUCUCACCGACAUUACCAAAUCUAAGAGCUGUGAAAAUCUGCACGUUCUCUAAGGUGAACCGCACGUAGUCAUCCAACCAACAAGGUGGCAAAAUCCACGAAAUCAACCGAAAGCAGGGUAAAAUAAAAGUGAAAUUCCAUUGCUGUUACCUAACCACGCUGGUUUGCAAACUUCCUCUGAUACCUACCUUUCUUCGUCUUCUUGACUGUUGUGAGCUCAUAUUGCCAAAAACUCAGCUCGGUGUCGUAGUAUAGAAACAGAUGUAGACCUACCUUCCCAAAACUUAAUUUAAAUUGCUCCCCCUGGGGAGAGAAAAGAGCACAAAAAACAGGUAAUCACCUCGUGAUCCGGAGUAGGAUUUAUUGUUCGAAUGUAAACCCAGUUAGUCUAAUGUCCCAAUUAUGUUCUCGUAUGUGACUAUGGUGAAAAGCUUAGCUUAGAAAUAGAACAAUGAAAGCUGAAAAGUCAUAAACCUACAUCCACACGUUAAGAAACUGGUUGAAAGCAAGGUCAAAUGUUGUUUAAUUGCAGUGGCGCAAUGUUUCUCAAAUGCCCAAAUAUGUACGUCUCAUGAUAAAUUAGAAAUGUUUCAUUGAAAACUCCUUCGAAGUUUCCUGAAAUAUUUAGUUGAUUGAGAGUUC